CAGUGUGGUGAAUAGAGAAAGUUGAGGGCUCUUUCUGACAGAGGAGUACUUGCUGGCAUAAUGGCGUACAUGCAUGCGAUCAUUUGGCUCCUCCUAUCUCAAUUCCUAGUACUUUGUUCUAAAAUUGGUGCCAAAGUUCCUGCUCUUAUCGUCUUUGGGGACUCAUCCGUUGAUGCUGGAAACAACAACCAGAUUCCAACCAUUGCCAGGAGCAAUUUCGAGCCUUAUGGUCGUGACUUUCCCGGCGGCAAGCCGACUGGAAGGUUCUCCAAUGGGAAGAUUCCGACGGACUUUAUCUCUGAGGCCUUUGGUCUCAAGCCAAUAGUUCCAGCCUACUUGGAUCCUGCAUAUAACAUUUCAGACUUUGCAACUGGAGUUACUUUUGCUUCUGCUGGUAGUGGCUAUGACAAAGAGACUUCUAAUGUUCUUUCUGUGAUAGCACUUUCGAAGGAAUUAGAGUACUAUAAGGAGUAUCAGACGAGGCUGAGAGGCUAUCUUGGAGAAGCCAAAGCAAACGAAAUAAUAAGCGAAUCUUUACACAUAAUGGGCUUAGGAACCAAUGACUUCCUGGAGAACUACUACGCCUUCAACAGCCGCCGGCAAUCCCAAUUCACCGUCCCCCAGUACGAAGAUUUUCUGAUCGGAAUCGCCGGAAAUUUCAUCAAGGAACUAUACGGUCUAGGAGCUCGGAAAAUAUCACUGGGAGGGUUGCCUCCAAUGGGGUGCCUGCCACUGGAGAGAGCCGAAAAUAUGAUGGGUGGCGGCGAGUGCUCGGAGAGGUACAACAGCGUUGCUUCGGAGUUCAACGUCAAGUUGAACAAAUUGACAGUUGAGAUGAGGAAGGAGCUUCCCGGAAUCAAGCUGGUUUUUUCAAACCCCUACGACAUAUUCUUGCACAUAAUAAGAAAGCCUUCGUUGUAUGGAAUUCAGGUAACGUCAGUGGCGUGUUGUGCAACGGGGAUAUUCGAGAUGGGUUAUGCAUGCAAUAGAAAUAAUUUACUGACAUGCACAAAUGCGGACGAAUAUGUGUUUUGGGAUGCCUUCCAUCCAACACAGAAAACCAGUAGCAUCAUCUCCAGUUAUCUAGUCAAGACUGCUUUGGCUCAGUUCCUUUGAUUUACGUUUUUUUAUAUAUAUGCAUACCCCACCGACAUUGCCAUAUAUAUUGUUCAUAUAUAUAUGCUUUAAACACUAGCGAUAUGUAGUAUUAUAGCAUAUCGUCUAUAUAUCAAACGAUAAAUGGCUUGUAACUAUAACUUGCUUCCUUCUGCUUCAGAACCUCAUCGAUCUCGAUCUGCUAUUUGUUUUUAUGUAUGUAUGCAUGUUAUAUAUGCGACAGAAAUUGCACGCUUUGCACACUUUC